GUUAUAUGUCUUCUCUUCUGCCUCAUUUGCAAUUGACUGUGACCCCAACUAACACCCUCUUCAACCUCCCUAUUCUGGAACCCCCGCCCUACGCAACAUGGAGCAAGGAAAAGGCCUCUGGAAGAAGCGCAUCCUCGUGCCCUUCUGGAUUGUGCGAAUAUGUCUCAUGAUAUUCAUCAUCGCCAUAUUCGCCUAUACCCUACGCACGCUGAAAGAUCUCAAGGACUUUACUGAGCCAGGACCGGGCACCGUCGUCCUCUUCAUUCUCUUCAUGGUCAUUGUGCUGUUGAUUGACGUGCUCGCCAUUCUUCUCUUCCUUCGAGAUAAGCUCAAGCCGGGCACCUUCCUGACCAUGAACUGUUUCCAGACUGGCUUCUGGGCCGGCGUUCUGAUUGUCGACUUUGUAGCAAUCGGCCACGGCGUAAGCCCCGUCGGAAUCGGCUUCAGCAUCUUUGUCUUCCUCACAUUCCUUGGUCUCCUCAUCUACUCAAUCAUCGGCCACCGUCGCGCAAAAGCCGCAGCCCAGCGAGGUCACUAUGCGCCCGCCCACAACCCAGCUCUGCCUGCUACCGACUUGCACGGCACUCCCUACUUUGGCGCGCCCGAUAACCAUCAGAACACCGCAUACCAUUCGCAGACACACCCACCCCCAGAUGCGCACGAUCAAUAUGCUGCUCCUCCAUCAUACCAAGCCGGCGCUGCAGGCGACUAUUACCAGCAGCAGCCCAUGAAGCCUGCUCACAUUGUUUGAGAGGGUCUUGUAAAUCCCAUAACGACCAAAGUGUUUCGGUGAAUCGGCGCAAUUAAAUAUGAAUAGGGCUGUGUAGUCUACGC